AUGGCCAACCUCCAGUAUAUUCUCCCUUCACAUUUUGAAGGUUUGAAGAAGAGGAUUGUUUUUCGAGUCACACUAAAUAAGGUGGAUGAAAUAGUACCAGUUUCCAAGCCAUCAAGAAUUGCAGACAAUGCAACUGUGGACUCAAGAGUGGCAACUAUUAAACAGCGGCCUUCUAGUAGAUGUUUUCCCUCAGCUACAGAUAUGAAUUCCAUGUAUGAGAGACAGGGUAUUGCUGUGAUGACGCCCACUGUACCAGGGAGUCCUCAAGGUCCUUUUCUGGGUAUACCUCGGGGUACAAUGAGAAGACAAAAAUCUAUAGGAAUAACAGAGGAAGAACGGCAGUUUUUGGCUCCUCCUAUGCUGAAGUUUACCAGAAGUCUUUCAAUGCCUGACACCUCUGAAGAUAUCCCACCACCACCACAGUCCUUACCUCCUUCACCACCACCACCUUCUCCCUCUCUCUACAACUCUCCCAAAUCCCCAACAUCAAGGAGCUAUGGAACUAUUAAACCUCCAUUUAAUCAGAAUUCAGGUUCAAAAAUUUCUUUGGUUAGGCCUGAGAAUGUGGGAACAAUGAUAAGGGACAAAGGGAUCUAUUACAGGCGAGAGCUGGACCGAUACUCUCUGGACUCUGAAGACCUGUACAGUCGGAGUGCCGCAUCUCAGGCAAAUUUCAGGAACAAGAGGGGUCAGAUGCCGGAAAACCCAUAUUCUGAGGUUGGGAAGAUUGCAAGCAAAGCAGUUUACGUGCCGGCCAAACCAGCGAGGCGGAAGGGGAUGCUGGUGAAACAAUCCAAUGUUGAAGACAGUCCAGAAAAGACCUGCUCUAUUCCGAUCCCGACAAUUAUUGUGAAAGAGCCAUCCACCAGCAGCAGCGGGAAAAGCAGCCAAGGGAGCAGCAUGGAAAUCGAUCCUCAGUCUUCGGAGCAACCUGGGCAACUCCGACCUGACGAUAGCUUGGGUGUCAGCAGCCCGUUUGCAGCAGCCAUUGCUGGAGCAGUGAGGGACAGGGAAAAGAGGCUGGAAGCAAGGCGUAAUUCUCCAGCCUUCCUUUCCACAGACCUGGGAGAUGAGGAUGUUGGACUAACACCACCAACACCACGUAUGAGGCAAUCUAAAUUUACCGAUGAAGCAAUGUUUAGCAGCGAAGAUGGUUUUAGACAGCUUAUGUCACCAUCUCCGAUUCCCGCACCUAGAGAGCCUGAAAGUCUUUUUAAUAGCAGUGAACCCAGCAAUCAAAGUGAUUCAAGGACAUUAAACGCUUCGUCCAAAACGAAAGGUACUGAAAACAGUACAGGGGCAGCUAAGUCCACGAAUGCACCCAGCUCAGAUAAUUACGUUCACCCGGUCACAGGAAAGCUAUUAGAUCCAAACUCGCCACUAGCCCUCGCUCUCUCUGCCAGGGACAGAGCCAUGAAAGAACAAACACAGCAGAUUCCAGGCAAAGGAGACACUGUUAAAGCUGACCUUAAUAAACCACUUUACAUCGAUACAAAGCUGAGACCCAAUAUUGAAACGACUUUUCCUGUUGCUGCUACUGUCACUAGGCAAAAUACUCGUGGCCCACUGAGACGGCAGGAGACCGAGAACAAGUAUGAAGCAGAUGCAGGGAAAGAAAAGAAAGCCGAGGAGAAGAAAAACAUGUUGAUAAACAUUGUGGAUACUUCGCAGCAAAAGUCAGCUGGCUUGUUAAUGGUUCAUACCGUGGACACAGCAAAGUCAGACGAUACGCCCGAAGAUGAAGAGGAAAAGAGAGCUGAAAUGGAACCGAACCCUGAAAAUUCCCCGCCAGAGAGGCCAGAGGGGAGCGAGGAAGCAGAAAGCGAGCUGAACGUGCCUGCUGCGCCCGAGCCACCGGCAUCUCCCUGCAAAACCAUCGUAGCAGCGAGCUCUGUCGACGACCCUGUCAUCUUGCCGUUCCGUAUCCCUCCGCCACCCUUAGCAUCAGUCGAUAUCGAUGAAGAGUUUAUUUUUACUGAGCCACUACCACCCCCCUUAGAGUUCGCCAACAGCUUUGAUAUCCCCGACGACCGCGCAGCUCCCGGUUCGGCUCUAACAGACUUGAUCAAGCAAAGAAAAAAUGGCACGCCUUCACCCGCACCAUUUGCCCCCAGCCAGUCAACAAAUUCCUUAGACAGUAAAAAGCAAGUGGGUCUUUCGAACUGUUUGCCUGCCUCCUUUCUGCCACCCCCUGACAGCUUUGAUAACGUCACUGACUCUGGGAUUGAGGAGGUAGACAGUCGAAGUAGUAGUGACCAUCACUUAGAGACAACCAGCACUAUCUCAACGGUGUCCAGCAUCUCUACCUUAUCCUCGGAAGGGGGUGAGAACGUGGAUACUUGUACAGUCUAUGCAGAUGGGCAAACAUUUCUGGUGGACAAACCCCCAGUACCUCCUAAGCCAAAAAUGAAGCCCAUAAUCAACAAAAGCAAUGCACUUUACAAGGACGCGCUAAUCGAAGAAACUGUAGACAGCUUUGUUAUUCCUCCUCCCGCUCCGCCCCCACCUCCGAUCAGCGCACAGCCCAAUAUGGCUAAAGUUGUUCCCCAAAGGACAUCUAAGCUAUGGGGUGAUGUGACGGAGGUGAAAAGCCCGAUUCUCUCAGGCCCAAAGGCUAAUGUUAUUAGUGAAUUGAACUCAAUACUCCAGCAAAUGAACAGAGAGAAAUCCUCAAAGCCAGGGGAAGGAUUGGAGUCACCUACUGGAACAAAAACUGCAAGUCUCAGUACAAGGAGCACGGAAGUCAUGAGUACUGUCUCAGGUACACGAAGUACAACAAUCACUUUCACUGUCCGACCUGGAACCAGCCAGCCGAUCACACUGCAGAGCAGGUCCCCAGACUAUGACAGUAGGACCUCAGGAGCAAGACAUGCUCCAAGCCCUGUGGUUUCACCAACAGAGAUUAAUAAAGACAUCAUGCCUGCUCCUCUGACUGCUUCUGCUUCAGCUUCAUCUCCUUCUCCAACUUUGUCCGAUGUAUUUAGCCUACCCAGCCAGCCCCCUUCUGGGGACUUAUUUGGCUUGACCGCAGGGCGCAGCAGGUCUCCUUCUCCCUCAAUAUUACAACAGCCAAUCUCAAAUAAGCCUUUUACAACUAAGCCUGUCCACCUGUGGACUAAACCAGAUGUGGCAGAUUGGUUGGAAAGUCUAAACUUAGGUGAACAUAAAGAAACAUUUAUGGACAAUGAAAUAGAUGGCACUCAUUUACCAAAUCUACAAAAGGAAGACCUGAUAGACCUUGGAGUGACUAGAGUUGGGCACAGAAUGAACAUAGAAAGAGCUUUGAAACAGCUGCUGGACAGAUAAGAAUAGCUAUUUUGCCUCACAAACUUCUGUUGAUAACUAGAGAUGGGCUGGUACUGAAAUACCCCAAAUGCCUUGUUGUCUGCGAGUGCCAGCAAAAUUGGGGGGGUGGGGGAAAACAGUUGAAUUCCUGGUACUCAGGUGAUGCAGACUGUAUGCUACAUGCCCAAACAUAAACCUAAAUAUGUU